AUGCAGCAGCAGCCACAAACGCAGCAGUCGCUGCAGUGUGGCGCGGCCACGUUCAAUAAGUUGUCGUUCGAUCCUCCAGCGCGUUCCAGCUUGCUUCCGACCGGUCGACUUGUCUACGUACCACUUGAACAGAUCGUCGGUGGCGAUAUCUGUCGGCUGGUGAGCACAGCCAGGCCACAUACCGGAUACUCGUUCACCAGCUAUCAGCAAAUCAUCACGAUAUGCGGUAAUUGUACGGAGUGUCCAACCGGUCUGAGCAGUGUGUACGGGUACCUGCAACGAAUGCUCAAAGAUGUCAAGAUAUCGUUAAUUGUGAUAGUUCGAGGGGUCAAUCUUCGACAGGUGAACAGUAUCGAGAGUGACAAGAAGAUUCGCUUCGCGUUCAUCGAGGAAGAGACACCGAUUGCUCUGGACGAUUGUCAGAUCGUGGAUGGCGCCGAAAGUGACGCACUGCGCAGUUUUUCGAAGACAUCCGUAUUAUUUGUCUCGAUUUCAUUCAUCAUCCUGAUGGUCAUCUCGCUCGCCUGGCUUGUAUUUUACUAUGUACAAAGAUUUCGUUACGCGCAUGCCAAGGAUCGCCUUCAGCGCCGAUUGUUUAAUGCAGCGAAGAAAGCGCUCACCCGAAUCCCGACUAGGCCGAUCAGGAUUGGCGAUAAGGAGCUGGACGCCGAUUGCCCGGUCUGCAUCGACCCAUAUCGAGCGGGCGAUAUUGUUCGCUCGCUACCUUGUAGGCAUAUAUUUCACAAGACAUGCGUGGAUCCAUGGCUCCUGGAGCACAGGACUUGUCCCAUGUGCAAAAGUGAUAUUUUGAAGGCAUUUGGAUAUCACGUUGCUGUAGGCCGUCGAAUGACAAGCACAGCUCAUGUUGAGAACCAGGCACCUAGGGAUGGCGACAGGCUCAGCGUCGAUGUGCAUUCUUCAACCGGAUCUGAAUCGGUAUUUCCCUAUACAGGGCAGUCCGAGGCAAGAGAUCCGUUCAGUUUCACUCCCACCACAUCGCCGCAACUCGUCCAGGUGAUGCACUGCGCCAAUGCAAGCGCCUUUUCAAUAAUUCCGUUGACGGUGCAUAGUGCGCAGUCGCCGAUUCGUUCCGCAAACGAUACGCGAAGUGCGUCUGCGAACGCUGGCGAAGCGUCGAAUUUGCCUCGGAAGAUUUCGUGGCAAACACGAAGGCCAGCCGCGACAACUCACGUUAUCAAUCUUGUUCACGUGCGCUCUCGUUCCCUGUCAUCCGAGUCUCAGAGGCCAAAAGCAACAUUCCGCUCCAAUACAUUUGGUCCGGAAUUUGCACCACUACAAACCUCACCAUCACGGAAACGUGUGGAACCAAUAAGCAAUGAAUCGCCGAUUACCUUUGCGCCAGAUGUGCCCAAUUCCGUAUCAUUUUCAAUGCCCUCAGCCAGCAACACACGGUCAAAACUCAGUCUAAAACGGGUCUCUUUGAGUAACAGUAGACGACGAAGGCAACGAGCAGAUCUCAGUGAUUUGGCCAGUGUCGAGUCUCUUUGA